AGCGACCAUCACCCCUCCCCCGUCGUCCUCGCGCCCUCCUCAUCAUGGUGCGCCCUCUUUCUGCCCGCCUGGCGCAGGCCCUUCGCCCCCGCCGCCUUCCCCAGUCCACUCCGCGCGUGCGCCAGCAGCAGCGCUUCGCGUCGACGACUCCCAGCACGGAGGAGCUGCAGAAAAAGGCGACGGAGACGCUUGCGACCGUCCAGAAAGGUCUUGGCCAGGCCUUUGAGGCCGGCAAGAAGUUCCUUGGCCCCGUAGGAGAGAAGGCAGGCAACCUGCUUGGAGCGUACCGGGAACCGCUGCAGUACAACUUCGCGGUCUUCCGCGAGGUCCUAAAGCAGGUCUACGUCGCGGAGCGUCUCCAGCCCCCUCCCAUUUCUGCGUUCUCCUCUGUCUACUCUUCCCUCUGGUCUCGUGCAAGCAACGUCCAGUACUGGCGCGAGCUCGCCCGGUCAGGCGACCUGACCAAGGUCGGCAUUUACGCGGUUGAGGCGUACGGUAUCUUCAAGAUUGGUGAGAUCAUCGGACGUAGAAGCCUGGUCGGCUACAAUGUCCAAUAGAUUGAUCUGCCUUACUCCGAGUUGUAAAUUCGCCUUAAUAUGCUUUCGCUCCUUGACGCGUUCGUCUCGUGCGAGACACAACCCCAGUUGCGCGUGAACUAGCCGCACGUAC